UUCUGUCUUUGAAAAGUUAAGAGGGAGGAUAAGAGUUUCUCUCUCCCUCUCUCCCUCUCUGUCAGCUGCUCCCACGUGAAGUGGCAUAAUAAGAAGUCUUUCAUAUCCACUCACCUCCCACAAUGUAGCUGCUUCACUCUCCACUCCCUCUAGGUAUUUCCCUUUCAUUGUCCAACCACAAGAACCAACUUUUGAUCUAAAGAAAAAGAUGGCUCUUUGUCUGCAAUAAAUUCUCUCCUCCUACUUCCCUUCUAUGCUUGCCUACCCUCACCAUCCUUAUAUUCAUCUCUGUCUCUCUGUCUCUCUGUCUCUCUCAGAAGUCCCAGCUUAUACAGUAUUCAUUGUUCGGCUGUCUUUCUCAUGCUCUAGUUUUUCUUCGCCGAGAGAGAGAGAGGUAAGUGGACUCUCUUUCUUUCUCUCUCUCUCUCCCUCCCUCUAGUUCACACACACUCACACGCAUAAAUUAAAUAUCCAAGAUACAUGCUAUCGGCCUGUCUUUCUCAAGCUCCACAUCUCAUACAAAGGGAUAAAAAGAGGGGCAAAAAAAAUCAAACAUCCAUUAAUAUAUCUGUCUUCUUCAAGUGUUGGUUCUUUUUUUGCAGGGAACUUGUGGACCGCUAAAGAAAAAAGUAGUCUCAUGCUGUGGUGUAUAUGAUUCUUCACAAGCUCAAGUCCCUUUAGCUUGCUUGCGCACGGUUGAGGUGUCCAGGUGCAAUUUUCCAGCCACAGAUGUUCCUCUCCAACAGCAAUGGCAACAAUCCCAUUUCUUACCCCGACCAAACAAUUCUCCAUGCCCCUUUUAUCACUGAUGUCAGCCACAAUUCUCAACAGGAAGACCCUCCGUCUUCCUUCUUCUACUUUCCGUCUCCCUUUAUUCACUACGAAGAUGAUGCUUUUCUCCAACACAAUGACCUAAUACCACAACUGCAAGCCCUCAUGCCUGAUGAUACUCUAGCUGAUACUAUGGUUAACAUGGUAAAUUCAAACAAAAACAGCAAUGAACUAAUAGGAGAUCGCAAGCAAAGUAACAGUGUGACUGAGCCGAUCAUGCAAAAACGGUCUUCCAAGAGGGAUCGGCACAGCAAGAUAAAUACUGCCCGAGGCCCCAGAGAUCGGAGAAUGAGAUUGUCCCUCGAAAUCGCUCGAAAGUUCUUUGAUCUGCAAGACAUGCUAGGCUUUGAUAAAGCUAGUAAAACUGUUGAAUGGUUACUAAUAAAGGCCAAAUCUGCCAUCAAAGAACUGUCAAGAGGCGUCCCUCAGAUGAAACAUAGCUGCAGCAUUAGCGUGAAGAGUGCAUCCUCUACUUCUGAUUGUGAAGAAUUAUCGGGAAUCGACACCAUUAAUGGAGACCAACAGGGGAGCAUCUCUAAGGGCAAGCGCUCAAAGUGUCUUACCAAAGAGAGAAAGACUAGACAGUCGCGUAAGAAUGCAUUUCAACCUCUUGCCAGGGAGUCGAGGGAAAAGGCAAGAGCAAGGGCAAGGGAGAGGACAAGAGAAAAGAUGUGGAGUAGGAGACUUGAUGAAUCAAAAGUAUGUGCUGAAGCAAAUAGUCAUGACUUGAACCACUUAGGUUCUAUAAGUUCCUUCGAAACCGGGGAAGAAUCUGGUUCCCAAAGUCACAACCUGAUUCCAUCUUUGGAGCUCCUGCCCGAGGUUGAAGAACCGAGCUCCAAUGAGCAACAUCAUUCAGGGAUUACAGAAGCCAUGCUUGAUAAUUCUUUAGUGAUUAUGAGCAAGCAGUGGAGCCCAUCCUCCAUUUUCAAUUAUCUCAACUUCGGAAUUUCCCAAGAGCCUCAAUUUCCAGGCUUUCAAUUCCAUGGAAAACCAUGGGAGGCCCACAGCAACCAAAAUCUAUGCUAAGGUGGUUUGUCUCUCCAUCUUUGGUGAAUCGAGCAGAUGAUCAUUAGAGGAAAGCUAUGUUUCACUUCCCUUUCUUUUUCUGUUUGCAAUGUAAUAGAAAGACAUCGAUCUUUCACUGUACAUAAUAAGGAAAGGGAUAUUAUCCUUCCUAAGCCCCAUCAUCGAAAAUAACCCCACUAUUAUUAAUUAUGGAUGUUCUCUUGUGAACUAUUUUGUCAAUGAUAGUUAUGGAUCUUUGCAUUAGAAGAAAAA